CCUGCUUUCAGCAGACAGACGUCAGAGGGAACACAGGUUCUGCUGGGGGCUGAGGGAGCUCUCCAGCGGGUCCUGGGACAGGUUAAUGAUUGAGGGUCGGCUGGUCACUGAUUGACCGAAGAAGCCUUCCGUUCUGUUUCAGACACAAAAACAAUGACAGCCGGGUUCUACUAUCAUUCUACUGAGACUCUACUGGAGUUAGGUGGAAGCUGCUGGGAGGAGAGAAGCAGGUCAGAUCUCGUCCCUGCCAGAUGUUCAAACAGCUUCAUCCGUUCUUCACUUCAGCUUCUCCUGUUUGACCGCUCAACUCCACCUGGCCGGUCCCACUCUCCAUCAGCUGAGGUAGAGUAAGUGCGGGAGGAGUCAGAGGAGAGUACCUGGAUACCUGUUGAGAAGCCCCACCCUCCUGCUCCUCGCUGCCUGAACUUCCAGGCUGGGGCUGAUUGCUGUCGCAGCAGGAUGCACCACUCAGGAGAUCUCUGACUGACUGACUAGUUCUGGACGCGGGCUUCCUCAGGGCCUGCACCGAAACUGGGAGCCGGGACCGGUUCAGAGUGCAGGGAUGGUUGCUGGGAAGCAGAAGAGCGUUGGGGUGUCACCUCCGGAUGGGGGGUGGGGAUGGGUGAUUGUCGGCUGCUGUUUCAUGGUGACGGUGUGCACACGGGCAGUGACCAGGUGCAUCUCCAUCUUCUUCGUGGAAUUUCAGGGCCAUUUCGGGGCUGAAUACUCAGCCACUGCAUGGAUCCACAGCCUGGUGGACUGCAUCACGAUGCUCUGUGCUCCUGUGGGCAGCCUGGUGGGGAACCGCUGGUCUUGCAGGGUGGCUGUGAUGUUGGGUGGAGUCCUGUCAUCGUGCGGCCUCCUGCUCAGCUCCUUCUCCACCAGCCUGGAGCUCCUCUACCUCACCAUGGGAGUCCUCACAGGUCUGGGCUUCGCCCUCUGCUACACCCCUGCCAUCGCCCUGGUGGGCUGCUACUUCCAGCAGAGGAAAGCGCUGGCGUAUGGCAUCGCCAUGUCGGGCAGCGGCAUUGGGACAUUCGUGCUGGCUCCAGUCCUGCAGCUGCUCAUUGAGUUGUACUCCUGGAGGGGGGCGCUGCUCAUCAUGAGCGCUGUAGUCGCCAAUCUCUGCGUCUGCGGAGCACUCAUGCGACCAAUCACAGUGCAGGAGCAGACAGAGGAGGCGACAUGUGGUGAAGUUUCCUCGCAGGACACUGAACUUUCCAUAAAACCCCCUAAAGAGACCGAGGUCGGCCUUCUGCCCCUCACCUUGCCUGGAGAAAAGCCCAACCCAUCACCAAAGAAGAGACGCUUCUCCUUCUCCAGAACGGAGUACUCCUUCCUGCUGCAGCCGGACUUCCUGGGUCUGGCCGUGUCCUUCCUGUUCCUGGCCAGCGGCUGCAGCCUGCCUUUCGUGUAUCUGGUACCGUACGCUCUGAGCGCCGGCAUCAGCCACCAGCACGCCGCCUUCCUCAUGUCCAUUCUGGGAGUCAUCGACAUCGUGGGAAACAUCACCUUUGGCUGGCUGACAGACCAAAGGUGUCUGAAGCCGCACCGCCUGUCCUGCUACAUCCUCUCUGUGGCGAUGGAAGGUCUGUGCUGCAUCUUUGCGCCACUGCUUCGGUCCUUCAGGCUCCUCCUCCCCUUCGCCAUCCUCUACGGUUACUUUGAUGGCGCCUACGUAGCUCUGAUCCCCGUGGUGACAUCUGACGUUGUGGGGGCCAAACACCUGUCUUUGGCGCUGGGUGUGGUCUACUUCCUGCACGCCAUCCCUUACCUGCUCAGCCCGCCGAUCGGAGGCUUGCUGGUCGACAUCACAGAAAGUUACACCGGCACCUUCCUGCUCAGUGGCACCGCCCUGCUGGCCAGUGCGUUCAUCCUCUCAGCACUUGUUGGGAUUCGGCGCUGCCGCCGCCUGCUGACCGUUGAGCACGCCCCCCUCCACCUUAGUCUGCCCGAACGACCGGGGAGUUUUAGCAGAAACGACCAGGAGUCACCGACGGACACUUCCUGAGUGGCUGAAGACAAACUUCUCAUCAACUGUGACUUUGAACGGGUCUGUGGUGGAGCGGUCGGCACCACAGCAGCCUCUGGGUCAUGUCAUGAGGCUCCAGCCUACUGACAGUGGCCAUCGUGACUCUGACCCGUUGGUCUAUCAGCAGAAAUGCGCAGAACAUUUCAGGAAGAAGCCACAGAAACUGAUGGAGAACUGAUCAAACCUGCGUUUACAGAACAGCAGAACUGACUGAACCUUUUCUCAGUCUAGUUUGUUCUACUAAGAUGAUCACAGAUUUGUAUUUAUGAGUACUUGGAACCUUAUUCCUGCCCUUCGACAGCAGAACCACAUGCUGUUCUCAAAUCUGAGGAGAACGUUGCAGUUCGUCAAAUGUCCACUAGAGGGAUUCAGAAGACAAACUAAAAAGCCAGAAAUAAACUUUUGUACUGUCUGCCAUUA